AGAACCGUCCGAUGAAAAUUGGCUUCUCUUCCACGACCCCUCUGAAAGGAAACUUCCGAUUGAUUAGCGUUGUUGUUCUUCCUUCCCGCACACACAAAGAGAGACAAGAGUGAAGGAGAUUGAUUGAUUGAUUGAUUAAUAACAAGAAGUCGUAUAAGUACUUGUGCUGAUCAUACUUUAGGGAAGAGAGAAAGGAUGGUCUUGGUACUGGCCUUGGGGGAUCUUCACAUACCCCAUAGGGCCCAUGAUCUGCCUGCUAAAUUCAAGUCUAUGCUCGUUCCUGGGAAGAUCCAACAUGUCAUUUGCACUGGCAAUCUAAGCAUCAAAGAAGUUCAUGACUACUUAAAGAGUAUAUGCCCCGACCUGCAUAUUACUAAAGGGGAGUAUGAUGAGAGCACCCGUUACCCCGAGACUAAGACACUCACUAUUGGUCAAUUCAAGCUUGGCGUGUGCCACGGCCAUCAGGUAAUUCCUUGGGGAGAUCUAGAUUCACUAGCCAUGCUUCAGAGACAGUUGGAUGUAGACAUACUUGUUACAGGCCAUACCCAUCAGUUCACUGCCUACAAACAUGAGGCAGGUGUUGUCAUAAACCCCGGUUCUGCAACAGGUGCACACAGCAGCAUCACUUAUGACGUGAACCCUAGCUUUGUUCUCAUGGACAUUGAUGGCCUUCGUGUUGUUGUUUACGUCUAUGAACUCAUCGAUGGAGAAGUUAAGGUUGACAAGAUUGACUUCAAGAAAACUACUACUACUACUCACUAAGCACCACACUGAAUUCUGUUUUUUCUUUCUUUUUCAUAUUAAGGAAGGAUCUUAACAAGUGAGUCAGUGACUGACCCUCUUUGUUAUAUAUGAUCAUUUGUAUUAAUCUCUUUUGCUUGCUUGUUUGAAGAACAUGUGGUUAUGUAGAUGUUGUUGGUAACAAGUUUAAACAGAUAUUUGUUGAAAUGGAAAAGUUGUUUUUUCUUUG